AUGGGUUCAUCGACAGCCUUUUCGAUAGGUAUUGCGGUUCAUGAGUUCGAGAAAGCCAAGUUUGUGACCGACAGAGUUGUUCUUGAUCGGCAAACUUGCGUUCUCUACGAAGAUACCCAGACCGUGCCGGAUCGUGAAAAGAAGUGUCAGUAUCGAUACAGCUUCUUCCAACGGCUUCGCAGUGCGUGUGGAGAGCGACAGGAUGCAGAAAGAUUACUCGAAGCUUUUGUGGGUAUGGCUGACGGCUUGCACACAUCCAAAGCCAUUUGUUUCAACAUCGCCGCUGACAAGCAUGUUGAUUUGGCCGACGCUAAGGAUGAGCAAGAUACUGACACACAAAGCGACCCGCUUUGCGACGUAUCAUCGAAUCACGCUCUUUUGCAUCCACUCAGUAUUGCGCUUCUGGCUUACCACAUGGGAGGGGCGGUCAACGCAGCCAAUACCAUCCACACGAAUGAAUGGAGGUCACGGACCAUGGGAGCAGACGACAUGCCUGACUUCUACCAAGAAGGUGAUUUGGGCGACAUCUUCGACGAUUAUAGAGUUUCGCUGGUAUGGGAGAAGCACAACAGCGUGUGGAUAAAUCCAUCCGGCACUCACACCGUGUUCCGAAAGGGGGCCAGUGUACCUCAGUCGCUGACGACGCUCUCAGCGGCUAGUAAAGGCGAACAGACUGGGCCGAUCGUAGUUCUGUAUGCGACCAGCAACGCAGCUCUGUGGUACGAUUGCAAAGAUACGACUGCUGUACGGCGCAGUAUCAGUCUGGACUUUCAUGUCAACACAAUCACUGAUCAGGACCCAGAGAUCUUGUCUACACCUGAUGUUAGUGUACACAAGAUCAAGAAUCCUACGCUCGCGCAGCUAGUCACCCGGUUUCCGGUCAAAGGUUACAAUAAAACCUUUCACCGCCUGCUGUUCGCAGACGACUCGAUUCAGAGAGCGCUUGACAAGUUGGCCUCGCUUGUCAUACCACUACCGCUACCACAAUCUCCAUCCUCCAAAAAUAAUGUGCAUCAUCGGUACCGAGUCUGGUGGAAAAGCAACCUCGACAGCGUUUCGGCUGCACCCCGGCCCAUGCCGAGUAUCCCCAUCUCUGGUGUCUAUGACGACCUAACAGCAUUCGUGAACUGUUUGAGCUUCAAUGCUCAUAGAGACAUAUAUUUGGAGGUGGGUAUGGACCUGUUACCACGAUCACCGGCCGACGCGGAUAGCGAGUAUGCGUGGAGGUCUAUCAGAGAUCAACCAGGCCUGUAUAUCUUUCGAAAGCUCUUCGAGUAUGAGCGACACCUAACGAUGCCAUACACAGGUGCCGACCUGCAGUCGACCAUCCAAAUCUGCAGAAUUGGACGCUGGGUGAGGGAUGUGUGCUCACAGCUCAUCAGUGCGGGCUACACCGAAGGCUUCUCUCUUCUUUCUGCCAUCGGAUCACUGUCAGCAUCUCUCGGCGACGCGAUGAAUGGCUUGAAACAGGCUGACGUGACUUUGGAGCCCUGGGUGACUGAUAUGGACUUGGACGCUUUCCGUGUGAAAAGUCUCUGUCUCUUCUGGUGCGCAGACUGGCUGGCUCGAUAUCUCAUGAAUCCACAAAAAGGGUCUAUGAUGGUUUAUGAGUUCCAGGGGGGAGCAAUGGUGAGUCUGAGAGAGGAGGCGGCGCAGACAGCGAGAGUGCUGCUAAGGAAUUGGGUGGCGUGGUCACUUCUCGUGGACCGUCUGCCAAAAGGGGGCUUCACGGUCCAGAUGCCAACCGACUUGAGGGUGUAA